AUGGGCAACUCCUUCGGGCGCCUCUUCCGCAUCUCGACCUGGGGCGAGUCGCACGGCGGCGGCGUGGGCGUCGUCGUCGACGGGUGCCCGCCGCGCGUGCCCCUGAGCGAGGUGCCGAUCCAGUUCGAGCUGGACCGGCGGCGCCCGGGCCAGAGCCGGCUGACGACGCCGCGCAACGAGAGCGACCAGGUCGAGAUCCUCAGCGGCGUCGACAAGGAGAGCGGCGUGACGCUCGGCACGCCCAUCGCGAUGCUCGUGCGGAACAAGGACCAGCGGUCCCAGGACUACAAGGGCGGCAUGACCCAGGCCUACCGCCCGUCCCACGCCGACGCGACCUACGACGCCAAGUACGGCGUCCGCGCCGUCGCCGGCGGCGGCCGGAGCAGCGCGCGCGAGACGAUCGGCCGCGUCGCGGGCGGCGCCGUCGCCCGCGAGGUGCUGCGCCUCUACGCGGGCGUCGAGGUCGUGGGCUACGUGAGCAAGGUCCAGGACGUGGGCAUGCCCGACGACUUCGACGUCGACGCGGUCACGAUCGACGACGUCGAGGCGUCCAUGGUCCGGUGCCCGCACCCCGAGUCCGCGGAGCGCAUGAUCGCGCGCAUCGACGAGAUCCGCCGCAAGGGCAACUCCAUCGGCGGCGUCGUCACCUGCGUCGCCCAGAACGUGCCCGCGGGCCUCGGCUCGCCCGUCUUCGACAAGCUCGAGGCCGAGCUCGCCAAGGCCUGCAUGAGCCUCCCCGCGUCCAAGGGCUUCGAGGUCGGCAGCGGCUUCGACGGCACACUCCUCGCGGGCAAGGACCACAACGACGAGUUCUACGUCGACGCCGACGGCCGCACGCGGACGCGGUCGAACCGGUCGGGCGGCAUCCAGGGCGGCAUCAGCAACGGCGAGACCAUCGUCGUCCGCGUCGCCUUCAAGCCCACGUCGACCAUCGGCCAGCUCCAGGCGACGGUGACGCGCGACGGCGAGGAGGUCGAGCUCCGCGGCAAGGGCCGCCACGACCCCUGCGUGCUCCCGCGCGCCGCGCCCAUGGUCGAGUCCAUGGUCGCGCUCACGCUCAUGGACGCGCUCAUGCAGCAGAAGGCCCAGUGCGAGCUCCUCGACUUCGAGGCCGACGGCGGCUUCAACCCCCUCGGAUCCAAGCCCGUCCACGACCUCGGCGUCGUGCCCGCGAGCGCCUAG